AUGGGCAAUGUCGCCAGCCGCCUGGACGAUGCUGGGAACUUGUUCUUCAAAGACCAGAAUCGCUUGACCAUCGCCGCCGUCACCAUAAACAACUCCCGCCGCCGCCUGCUGACGCUCUCCCCGAACGCGUUCCCGGCCGCGAGGUUUAUUGCGAAGAGAGAUGUCGGCGACGAAACUCCUAUUGAAUAUAUUCAGGCUAACCUCGAGCCAUCAUCAAUAAUGCAGGAUCCCGACGUCCCCUCAACCGCCCCAGCCCCAACGUUCUUGCUACGCCUGUCGAACGACGACGAACUAAUCUUCAAUUUCACAUUCAUUCUCCGUCAGACACAAACCGGCAACGUUGCUGGCUCCACCGUCAAUGGCGUCUCGACGUCCCUCCCCGAGGUGGCGGACACCGUCCUCACGGGGCUCACGUUUGCCCACGCAUCGAACUCGAAAGAACUAGACAACCUCAUCACGCGAGAGUUCCACGCGAACCCCAACCUGCAGAAUAAUUCUAACGUCCAGCUCAUCGGAAAUUAUUCCACCAACGGCACGCCCUCCGUAUCCUUUGACUGGACUUGGAGAUGGAAGCCUCCCAAGGCCACAGAGGACAAAGGUGGCGGCUGGCGGAACAGCUGCAGCUUCUUGGAUUACGACCAGAAAACAAACCGUCUGAACACCCUUGCACAUUUCUCCUUUUGGGUACAUAAUGCCGUUCGCCUGCUGCCCAGCCCGCUCAUGACUUCGCCCAAACUGGAGUUACCUGUGCCGCCCCCGCGCAGCCGUGUCCCCUCCUCGCAAUCGGUCAUCUCGCAUUUCAGCGACAGCGAUGCCGUCUCGAACUCGAACGUCCCUGUCACUACCCCUCCGGAAUCUACAGAUGGCCCUCCACCACCACCUCCCCCCACGGCACCCCCGCCCCCACCGCCGGUGAAAGUCGAUCUACCGCAUUCUCGACCCGGAGACGAUGUGAGCGUUGUGGAGGAUGGCCCGCUGUUCCGUGCCACCAUGAAAGCGAUGGAGCUGAAGACUGGUAACAUGCGUUCCAAAAUCAAGAAAGUGCUCAAGAAAGCCGAGGCGGCACAACAAGCGCAAGUUGCCUGCAACGAGUCGGUAGAGGCAUUCUUGGGUUCCUUAAACGAUGCAUCAACCUCAAAUGCCAACGCGAUUCAGCCUGCACUGGAUCAUUACUUUGAGAAAAUUGCCCGCCAGAUUCAGAACUAUGAGCAGAUCAACACGCUGCAGCUGCAGAAGCUCGUCAUUGAACCGCUCAUCAAGCUCUACCAUAAUGACAUCAAACAAGCCGAGUCCAAGAAGAAGGACUUCGAUGAGGAGAGCCGCGAUUAUUAUGCCUAUGUCAGUCGAUAUCUCGGCCAGAGGCAGGACUCGCUCAAAGAGAAGAAGCGGGCCGAGAGCGACUCGAAAUACCAGGCCAAGCGCCGCAACUUCGAGUUGAAACGCUUCGAUUACUCAUCUUUCAUGCAAGAUCUGCAUGGCGGUCGAAAGGAGCAGGAGGUUCUUUCGCAUCUGACUAAAUAUGCUGACUUCCAAGCUCAAGCUUUCUUGGCGGCUGCUCAGAAGAUUGAAGAAAUGGCUCCUCAGCUGAACGCUCUCAUCCAUGAGGUCAACCAAGCGGAUAAGGAAUUCCAGUUCCAGCGGUCCGAGCGUGAGGAGAAGCGCAGAGCUCUGGAAAAGAAUAGCAACCCAUACCUGGAGCCUGAUGUUGUCGCUAGCGCGCCGCCAGGCAUCGCAUCUACAUCCACCGCUGCGGCGGCAGCAGCAGCAGCUGCUGCAGCUGCUGCUGCCAGCGCCUCUAAUGGAGGCACCCUCAGCGAGGUUGAAUUGGGCCGAGCUGACAGCACCGGCUCACAGCUUCGCGGGGUAAUUAGCAACAGCUCUUCGGUUUCGUCUCAAGCCAACGCUGGGUCGGUUGGCUCGUCCGCUGGUACCUUGGCACCUACUUUGAAUAACAAUGCUGCUGGCUCAUCUGGUCAGAAUCGCUUCAAGGGAAUCCGGGAUCUUGAAGAGCGGGACGCCUUGGGAUCUGAUCGCACAGCCGGCCAGCAACGAAAAGAGGGUCUUUUGUGGGCUUUGUCUCGCCCUGGCUCGCACAUUGAUCCAAAGGGUAUCAAUAAACAGGCAUGGCACAAGUUCUGGAUUGUUUUGGAUCAAGGAAAACUUUCAGAGUAUAGUAAUUGGAAACAAAAGCUCGAUCUCCAUAUGGAGCCCAUUGACCUUCGGAUGGCUUCUGUUCGUGAAGCUAGAAAUGCAGAGAGGCGCUUCUGCUUUGAGGUGAUCACGCCGCAGUACAAACGCAUUUAUCAAGCAACCUCCGAGGAGGACAUGGCGACCUGGAUUCGGUCAAUUAACAAUGCACUCCAAAGUGCAGUCGAAGGUCGAGGAAUGCCAACACCCCCGCCUUCAUCUAAGAACGAGUCCUCCAGCGGCCGUGAUAUCGGUUCAGUGCUGACGGGCAAGAGCUCGUCAGUGUCCGGGCACCAUUCCUACUCCCACAGCUCCAGCAGCAGCGGCGUCAUUCGCCGCACAACAGUUGGCGCUCGGCCCAGUUAUGUCAGACACGACAGCAAUAGUUUUGAGGAGAAUCCCGCCCGGCUACUGCAAGUUGUUCGCGAAGCUGACGAAGGAAACAACUGGUGUGCCGACUGUGGGUCCUCGUCCAAGGUCGAAUGGGUCUCGAUCAACCUAGGUAUUAUACUGUGCAUCGAGUGCAGCGGUAUCCACCGAUCUCUGGGAACUCAUAUCUCCAAGAUCCGCUCACUCACACUCGACGUGCACUCCUUCUCAAAUGACAUUGUCGAAAUCCUCGUGCAGAUCGGGAACCGUGUCAGUAAUAUGAUCUGGGAAGCGACGCUGGACCAGUCGCAAAAACCGAUUGCCAGCUCCACACGGGAACAACGGCUAAAGUUCAUCACGGCGAAGUAUGUCGACCGCGCGCACGUUGAGCGUCUGCCGUCGCCACGUUCCCGCUUCGCAACUGCCAAUGAAACCCUCCUGGCCUCAAUUAAGAAGAACGAUAUACAGGGCGUUCUCUACGGCAUUGCGCUGCGCGCCAAUGUGAACGUCGCAGACCGCUCCCGUAAUACGCACGCGGUAUUCCUGGCCCUUGCCGCCGCCGACCCUGCCUCCCCCGGGUCCACUCCCACCACCCUCUCCGCCCGCUCGAGCGCAAAGGCCAUCCCCUUCCCCAUCGCCGAGCUGCUGGUCCAGAACGGUGCGGAGAUCCCCCCGGCACCGCCGUCCAUCCCACUUUCCCCGGCUGCGCAGCUGUAUAUCAGCCAGCGCACGACCCGCACAUCUGCGUUUAGUCCUCCGAGCCCGAACCCUCUCCUGGGGAAGUCCGCAGCCAGUGACACGCUUGGCUCGCUCCCAACCAUCCGUUCUGCAAGCAGAGAUGGUGCUGUCGCGUCUGCAUCACAGAAUACGGGUUCCUCCUUGGACACUAAGGAGCGAGAGAAGCUCUCUAAGCGCGGGAGUGCUGGAGCCCGGUUCGCCGGGAAGGUGGCGUCUCUUGGAAUUGACCGAUAA